AUGUCUUCCAAGUCUUCGGGGUGGCAGGUAGAACUGCCUGUUCACCAGUUGGAACGCAAUGUUAUUUUUCUCCCCGGGAUCACUUAUCGCGUUGUCUUUGAUAAACAAAAGGCUCUUGAUCUGGCUUCGAGAUGGUCCGCUGCUGAACGCUCAGAAAGCGUGGCAGCAAUUGCCUCGCGCUUUGGCUUGUCUUCCAAGCGUUUGGCUGCCUGUGUGCCUGGUUAUCCGGAUUCAGACACGUGCACCGUCUGUGUGGUGAAUGGCUUUUACGAGAUGAGCGAGACGACCGUGGUGAGUUUCAAGGGUGUUACGCGGGGCCGUAUCGUGAGGUCUGACGAGGAAACCAUUACCGUUGAGAUUGAAGAGGAAACGCGGGUGCAGAGGCCGGACACGGAAGACAUAAUGCGUCUGUUUGACAACAUAGACGAGUUCCUGACUACCUACAAGGAUGAGAGCACUUUGGACCCGGAUGACAAGGAGGAACGCAUGCGACACAUUCUUUUGCGGCUCACGCCUCUUGCAACGCUUUUGAACACCCAGUUGUCUGCGUCGGACGUGUCGGCGGGCCUGAAGCGGCUGAGACAGGCGUACGGCCGCAAGUCUGGAGACUUUGCGCACUACAACGACGUACUUGUUGCGCUGUUUCCAUUUCCGAUUGAAUUGAAAAUGGCAUAUUUGAGAUCCAAGGGAGCAGAACGUACGGAGGUGUUUUCCAAAUGUGUGGCAUUUGCAAACAAGGUCUUUGAAGAACAUCUUAAUACGAGCUAUUUGCUGGAGAUUUGGAGCAGUCUUGAUCACCGGAGCGGCAAGUCGCAGGGCGAUCUUUCGCGGUCGCAGUUCAUCUCAAACCAUUUGCGGAAUUUACGUCGUCUGGUCGAGGAUAUGGGUCUUACGCGAGCCACGGGUCGUGGCAGCAGAGCGGCUGACGACAAUGACGAAAAUAAGGGUAUCCAGGACUUUGUCGACUCUUUGGACCAGUACAUGAUCAAUGAGGACGGUAAGAGGCUUAUUGUCAAAGACUUUCAGAGACUGAAGCAGAUGCAAUCCAGCUCCUCGGAUUACCAGGUUUUGAGAGCGUAUCUCGAGAUAAUCAUGGAUCUUCCGUGGCAGCGGCUUGACUCUUUCGUGGAGUCGGUUGAUGUGGAUCUUUUACGUGCACGAGAGCAACUGGAUGCCGACCAUUACGGCAUGGAGAGUGCCAAGGAGAGAAUAUUAGAGUAUCUGGCGGUGUUGAACCUGCACAAUCGAAAACAGCCGAGACCCGAGCCGGAAUUCGUGUACGGAAGCGGAAACGAGCCUGCAGCGACGCAACGGCCGGCUCCCACCCUGAAAGCGCCAAUCCUGCUUCUGACAGGCCCUCCUGGCGUCGGCAAAACGUCGCUGGCGCGGUCGAUUGCCAGUACUUUGGGCCGUAGGUUCCAGAGAAUUAGUGUUGGAGGGCUGAAUGAUUUUGCAGACCUGAAGGGGCACAGAAGAACAUACGUCGGGGCAAUUCCAGGGCUAAUAGUCCAGGCAUUGCGGCGUUCUCAGUCGAUGAAUCCGGUGAUUUUACUGGACGAGGUGGACAAGAUAGGCUCUAACUCUCGGAAAGGAGACCCUGAGGCUGCUCUGUUGGAAAUUCUGGACCCUGAGCAGAACACCAACUUUCACGACCACUACAUCGGCUUCCCUAUAGAUCUCUCGCAGGUGCUGUUUGUGUGCACCUCGAACGAUCUAUGGCAGCUGAGUGAUCCUUUGCGUGACCGGAUGGAAGUAAUCGAACUUGCAGGAUACAAUUACAUGGAAAAGGUUGAGAUUUGCAAGAAAUACAUCAUUCCUCGUCAGUUGGAACGUGCAGGACUUCCUAGCGACGCGGUCGCGAUGGAUGACGAGACGAUCCUCAAGAUGGCCACUAAUUACACCAGCGAGCCCGGGAUUCGAAACCUUGAACGGCUCAUUGCGGCUAUCUGUCGGGGAAAGGCUGUUGAGUCUCAGAUGGGCGAGGCUACCAAGACUGUGACCGUGCACGAUCUCGCAAAAUAUAUAGGCAGUCCUUCACAUCUUCGUGCCACAGCGGCGGGUGAGACCAAGUUCCAGAAAGGGUACGGAGUGGUCAACGGUUUGUCGUACAACUCUGACGGGUCGGGGUCUCUUUUGCGGUUUGAGAUGAUCGGUCUUCCUGGAUCGCAGAAAAUGAACUGCACCGGACGUUUGGGAGAGGUGUUGCUGGAGAGCUCCCAGAUAGCAAAUACCCUUGUUGGAUACCUGCUACACAACAAUUUGGUGGCCGGCACUCAAGAAUUCAGAGACGAGCUUCUCAAACGAUAUGAGAAUACCAGCGUGCAUUUGCACGUUCCCGAAGGUGCAAUUUCCAAAGAUGGGCCUUCAGCGGGAAUCACCAUGACGCUGUGCCUGAUGUCCCUGGUGUUGCGCAAAAAAGUGCCGGAAACGAUCGCCAUGACGGGGGAAAUCACGCUUACCGGUAAAGUGCUCCCAAUCGGAGGAGUGAGAGAGAAACUACUGGGCGCACACCUUGCAGGCAAGGUGAACAAGGUGCUACUUCCACGGCAGAACCGCAAGGAUGUGAUUGAAGAUUAUAUCUAUAAUCUGAGGGAUCGGGAGCUGGCCAAAGAGCUUUCUGCCAAGUUCCUCGACGAGGAAGAGCAGCUUCUUAAGGAGGGCCGCACGCACGCAGGAGAGCCUGAGAAAUGGGUCAAUCAAACAUUGGAGCUCGAGAUUGUGUAUGUUGACGACUUCAGCGACGUGCUUGCCAGCGUGUGGGAAGGUGAAGUGCUGCUCACUGGGGGAAUUCGCGAGGCUCGUAUUUAG